CUCAGUUUACCAAAACCCUAGUUUUGAAGGUUUACUCCCCAGAAAUGGCUUUCUGCAAAAGUCUCGGUGGUCUAUUGAGGCAAGGUGGAGUUUCUCAGACCGGUAAUGUUCCCGUUCAGUCUAUGCUCGGUUCUCUCCGGUACAUGUCUACCAAGCUUUUUGUCGGUGGUCUCUCAUGGGGAACCGAUGACCAGUCAUUGAGGGAGGCUUUCUCCAACUUCGGUGAAGUGAUUGAUUCUAAGGUCAUUGUUGAUAGAGAAACCGGAAGGUCAAGGGGGUUUGGAUUUGUCAAUUUCUCUGAUGAGAGUGCAGCUAAUGCUGCCAUUUCUGAGAUGGACGGAAAGGAACUGAAUGGACGGAACAUCCGAGUGAAUGUUGCUAACGAUAGACCAAGUGCGCCACGGGCUUAUGGAGGAGGCGGUGGCUAUGGAGGUGGUGGUGGUGGCUACGGAGGAGGAGGUGGCUAUGGAGGAGGUGGUGAUGGAGGCGGUUACUAA